AUGUUCCACGAACGUUGCCAGUCGUCUGAAUUCCUACUGGGGAUUCAAAGCUACUCCCUUGAUGAAGGGAAAAGGAAAAGAAAAAAAAAACGUAACGAAAUUAUAUCAAGAGGAAGGGAAGACGGAGUAUCACCUGAUAGGAUAAAAAAAACGAACCCUCAAAAUAAGCUCAGUUCACACCAAAAUAAGUACAGCGAAAUUUCCAGUAAGUUUGAAAAAGUAAAAAGCUUGAACCAUCCAAAUGUCUGCAGCUAUUUCAGUUUAUGUCGAAGGGAAGAUAACUUUGUAUUGGUCUCUGAGUACUACUCCUUAUCCUUGUAUGAUCUGCUAGGCGAGGAAGAAAUGGACUUGAUCAAUUUUAAAUGCGUUCGGAGUGCUCUAAACAAGGGAUGCACCAAUCAAGGAGGAGCAUACACCCAUGAGGAAGGAGGAAAAUGUUGUUCUAUUUUUCCGCAAUGGGAGAGUAUCUCGAGGAGGAAACUCUUAGAUGCUCACUGUAUGAAAAAGAUAAUUCAGCAUAUCCUUUCUGCAGUUGACUAUCUACACUCCAGAGGAAUAAAACUUUUCAACUUAACUCUGAAGGAUAUUCUGAUAACCCCCAAUGGAGGAGUAAAGGUUCACAACUACUGUAUGUUUUACUUGUUUGGUAGCUACGCCUGUGAUUCGCGUGAUCGGUGUGAUAAUUUUUUUAAGAGCACAUUGGGAUGGGUCCUCCCCCCAUUCGAAGAAGGCACUAUCACCAAGGUGAAGGGAGAAGAAGAUGGUGAAAAGAACAGAUACACACAAAUGAGUAUCUCCCGUGCAGACAAACGAUUUGUUAGUAACCCUUUGUACUGCCCCCCUUUUCUCCUGUUCAACGAUUUAGCGAAUGCUAAAAGGAAAGUGUUGUCUUCCAAGUAUGAUGUGUUCAAGCAUGUGGAUAUCUUCAACGUUGGGAUUAUCAUCCUGCAGUUAGUGAACGGAAUAUUCGAUUUUAAUUUUCUUUUGAGGAAUUGUGAAUGUCUUUGUGGCGAAUCUGUCCAGCAGAAGAACCCCCGCCUGAAUGAACUUCAUGAAGUUUUGGAGACACUCAGGAGAAUUCGCCAAGAUGGAGAAAGAGCGGCGCAUCCAAAUGGAAGGAGGAUUGAUGUUGAUGAAACUUCACUUUACAUUGACAAACGAGGGGAAGGGGAAGGCACAUUGGAAAAGAUGAAGACAAUUUUUGUUUUCCUUCUCUACACGAAAGCUUAUCUCCUUUUUGCGAAUGUGGACGCAACCGAGGAGGUGAGUCUCCUAGAUAUGAAUGUGUACACCCUCUUUCGCGCAUUUGGAGAUCGGCGCCACCGGGAAGGUAUAAAAUGCACGAACAAGAGGGCGAAUGAUGGGGCGAAUGAUGGGGCGAAUGCCAACGUGUUGAACUACCGGGUGGUGAAGAAUCUCAUCGAACUUUUGGUAAAUGUAAACGUAAGUGUUCGCUUUGUCAAGUGGGUGGAGAAGAUGUUAUCUGAGUUUUUCACCCUACAUGUGUUGAAGCAGAACAUGGAGAAAAUAAUGCACGGGGAGGAUGCAGAGAAGGAGAAAAUUUUUCUCUUUAACCUUCUGUACAAGUGUUUGUCUUUACGAGGUGAUGGCCAACAUGCUUCUUCUUCUCUCCUUUCACACCCGUACUUCUAUCCCCGUGGUGCAAACUUCUUAAUGAAGCAAUGGACAGAGGAACAGCUGGAAGCGAGCACAUCCAAAAAGGAGGUGAUGACUUACCAAGGAGAUGAUUCCCCUCACUGCAUAAAAAAUAAUAACCACGUGGUGAUAACCCCUCUAGGGGGAGGGACACCACCAAAUUGUAUAUCCCAUUUGAAGGAAGAAAAUAAAUUCGAUGCGACCCAUUACAAUCCAUACGUAGUAGAAUACAUCCGAAGCAAUGUUUGGGAAGGCAAACUGGAGAGCAAACAUUUUAUAACGAUGAAGGAUAUACAUCUGUGGUUUGGUAUGUUAUACAAAAUAGACUACUUCAAGGAACUGCUGUAUCUAAAUGGGGUUAAUAGAGCAUGCAACAUUUUGAAAUUGCCUUACAUAGCCUAUAGGAAGAAGAAGCAGUUUUACGAAUUCUAUUUUUUGCGUUUUUUUAAACUCCUGCUGCUGGGGAGAUACCAGGGGGUGCUUAACGUAUACUCGAAUUUCGUUAAGGGAAACUCAAAUGUGAGGUGUUCACGACGAAGUGGAAUUUGGGGGAGUACCUACAGAAGGAUGAAGUGUCGUGCAGACUUGUUCACCAGAGGUACGUGCACAAAUGGAUAUACCUUCUCUGUGAAGGGGAAAAAAUUCCACAUUGAUAGGAAGAACAAAAUCAGUAGGAUCACUCACCCCGGUGUUAUUUUUACGGGAGAUAAAAUAUCAGAAAAAAAGUGGAUACAGACAAACACAUACCCGUCUGAUGGCAUGACGAUUACCAAACAGGAGGAGCAUUUUAGAGAUGUUAUUCGAAAAAACUUGACUGACGCAGCAAUGCACGAGGAGGGUAUUGCUCAUUCAUUCUUCUUCAACAUUCCCACGGAAGAGAACUAUAUAUCCCUUCCGUUGCGCGAUUGUGGAGGGAGGAGAGUGCUGGGGGUGAGACUGGUAGAAUUUUAUGAUGCUCUGGAGGAUGCAUAUAGGUUAGUCCAGUCCAAGAUGGACAGUGGUGAAUACGACCAACUGAACAAGCUGACAUGCACCUACGAGAAGUAUCACUCCUUCCUCCAUCAGUAUAGCCUCCACUUAAAGUUGCAGAAAUUGCUAACCUUGGACCCGCUCAACAAGCACCAAUUACCUGAGGAGGUGAAGAGAGGAUUCCCAAGCCACAUGCGGGGGGUAGCCUAUUUAACGCUUCUUGGGUAUAGGUACUGCCUCCUUGUGAGACAGGCACCAAGGAAGAAAAAAAAAAUGAGACAAUUAAUUUGUGAGGCCCAUUCCAGGGGGGUAAGAGAAAUGUCGAUUAAGCGAUCAGAAGGAAGGUCACCACUGGGAUGCUUGGCCAGAGAGAUGCAAAAUGACAACUCCUCAGAAAGUUUUGGAUCGAAAGGGAGAAUUUACCAGUCGAGUGGAAAUAUGAAGGAAACUAAUGAGGGAGAUCACAGGGAGGGAGAUGCAGAAGAGAGGAAUAUCCAUAAUGAGCCAUUCGAUAUAGUCAAAUCGUCCUUGAAAAUUUUUCUUAGAAAACGAAAACGAUAUAACGAUCUGGUGGGUAGUCCCCAAUUUGCCAAGAGGAUGCUGACAGUGGAACUAUUACUUAGCAUAAAAUUGGGGGUAAGAAAUAAACACUUGAGAAGUUUACUCCUUCCAUUAUGUCUACUCUAUUAUCAUAGUAGUUACUUAUGCUACAAGUGCAGCAAAAGGGUGGUGCAGAAAUAUUUACUAGAUCUAUACGUAAGUGAGAAUAAGUGGAGGGAAUUCGCGUACACCUUUAAUUGCCUUCUAAGUUAUUACGCCCCCGAAUUGAAUUUAUUUUUUUUUAAAAAUCACAUCAACGUAGAGAAGGUUGUUUACAGCUGGGUGUGUUCUCUAUUUGCCAACUUCUUCGAUGCGGAAAAGUUUUUUUUCUUACUUGAUAGGAUUCUUACCGAGCCAAGAUGUUACCUUUUUUUUGUCUCGCUGAGCAUUUUAAUUUAUCUAAAAGGGCACAUCUUUAUGAACAUGUGCAGGCAGAAUUUUUACAAAGAUAUAUUUUCGCUAGCUUCCUUGGUGAACGUAAAUUUCCUUCUGAAGACUUCCAUGGAUAUGUUUCGCAGCUGCCCUAUUCCGCUGGUGCAGUUUCCGCGGGUAGGUAACAACCUCCGGGAAGAGAGGAACACCGAGGAGGAGGGGGAGAAUCCCAACCGUCCUAUGAAUCUGGUGGAAAAUGAACGGGCCCAUAUUAACUACCUGUCCUAUCUAAUAGGAGAUGCGAACUGGAUUCGCUAUUACGUGCACAGGGACACAUUUAGGGUGUACUGGAAAAAAGGCGUAAAUGUCUCCCCAUGUAAGAACAGCGGCAAUGUCUCCUCAUGUAAGAACAGCGGCAAUGUCUCCUCAUGUAAGAACAGCGGCAAUGUCUCCUCAUGUAAGAACAGCGGCAAUGGUGCGAACGAGAGGAGAAUUUUAAUUAAAAAGGGCUUAGUCAGUAGGACAAGUGUUCAGGGGUUAAAGGAAGGGGCAAGUAAAAUAGACAAAUUAAAGCUUGAAAAAUUAAAACUGAAAAAAAUAAAACGUAAAAAAUUAAUUGAUGACAACAACUGGGGGGAAAGUGGCGACUUUGCCAACUUGCUCUCACCAGGCGUUACGCAGGAAGAUCAAAGUGGAGAUGCACAAAUGGCCAACGCAAAAAUACGAAGCGUUGAACACCACUGGGAAUUAUUUUUACGCAAUUACAAGGUAAACAAAAAAAAAAAAAACUUAAGUGAGUUCUCUCACUAUGAGACAGACGUCGUGAGAAAUUAUAAAUAUGAAGAUAAAGAGAUGGGCGAGGAAGAAAAACUAAAAAAUAAAAAUAGCGGAAGAAAGUGCGUGUACUACAAGUUAACAAAUAAAAAAAUUAAAAAGAGGUUCAAAAGAGAUGAUCUUGUUAGGCUGUGUAAUUUUCCCAUGUUUCCAUUUGUAUACGUCACAGAUUUGGCGAACGAAUUAUCUCUUGAUAAGUACAUAAUUAUUGAUAUGAGAUCUCCAGAAGAAUUUAAAAAAAAAAAACUAAAACAUUCUGUGCACGUUAACACCUUUUUAAAUAACUUUAAAAAAGGAGUUUACAUCAACUAUACUGAUGGUAGUUACGACGUGGACACCCACUUGAAGACAAUUAUCCUCGCGUUUAACAGUUCCACGUUUGACUUUGAUGCCAUUUACAAUUUUUUGAACUUAAAAAUUAAGCGUAUCACCAUUCUGUGGGGAGGUUUGCACUGCGCCUUCAGCGGCUUGCCCGCCAGUUGUUUCACGUAG